CCCAGAAAUUUGAUUGGUAGAAAAUAUCAUUUGCCGCGGUCCUUAGAAAACUGUACACACGAGAGACGAGGAGAUGUGAAGUUGAUGUUAUCCUUGUUUUGUCACCGGAUAAUUAUAAUUUCAUAGUAAAGAAUUACAUCAUAUAUCUUCUGAAACCAUGGCUGAAAUCAAAGUGGUCCCACUGGGAGCCGGGCAGGAUGUUGGCAGAAGCUGUAUUAUAGUUUCUCUUGGUGGCAAGAAUGUCAUGCUGGAUUGUGGGAUGCAUAUGGGAUACAAUGAUGAUAGAAGGUUUCCUGACUUCACCUAUAUAAACAGGUCAGGGACAUUGACAGAAUACCUGGACUGCGUUAUCAUCAGUCACUUUCAUCUUGACCACUGUGGGGCGCUACCAUAUAUGUCAGAGAUGGUAGGCUUUGAUGGGCCUAUUUAUAUGACGCAGCCCACUAAAGCUAUAUGCCCCAUUCUGUUGGAAGACUACAGAAAGAUUACUGUGGACAGAAAAGGAGAACAAAACUUUUUUACUUCAGAAAUGAUCAAGAAUUGCAUGAAAAAAGUGGUACCUGUUAAUUUACAUCAAACAGUGCAGGUGGAUGAUGAACUGGAGAUCAAGGCAUACUACGCUGGUCAUGUGCUUGGUGCUGCCAUGUUCCGUAUCACAGUGGGCUCACAAUCUGUGGUUUAUACAGGGGACUACAACAUGACACCUGAUCGUCACCUGGGCGCCGCCUGGAUUGACAAAUGUCGUCCUGACCUUUUGAUCACUGAGUCCACUUACGCCACCACAAUACGAGAUUCCAAGAGGUGCCGAGAGAGAGAUUUUCUCAAGAAGGUCCAUGAUUGUGUUGAUAAAGGUGGAAAGGUGCUGAUCCCAGUGUUUGCCUUGGGCAGAGCACAAGAACUCUGCAUUCUGCUAGAAACUUACUGGGACAGAAUGAACCUCAAAGUUCCCAUCUAUUUCUCUCUGGGGUUAACAGAAAAGGCAAAUCAUUAUUACAAACUCUUUAUCACAUGGACCAAUCAGAAGAUCAGGAAAACUUUUGUGCAGAGAAAUAUGUUUGAGUUUAAGCAUAUAAAGGCCUUUGACAGGUCUUAUAUUGAUAACCCGGGGGCCAUGGUGGUGUUUGCCACCCCAGGGAUGCUCCACGCUGGCCUCUCGCUGCAAAUCUUCAAGAAAUGGUGCACCAGCGAAAAUAACAUGGUGAUAAUGCCAGGUUACUGUGUGGCAGGGACAGUGGGUCACAAGAUUCUGAAUGGAGUGAGGAGGCUGGAACUAGAGAACAGGCAGACUGUUGAUGUCAAACUUUCGGUGCAGUACAUGUCAUUCAGUGCGCACGCUGACGCGAAGGGGAUCAUGCAGCUGAUUCAGCAGUGCGAGCCCAAGAACGUGAUGCUGGUGCACGGCGAGGCAGGCAAGAUGGAGUUCUUGAAGAAGAAGAUAUUUCAGGAGUUUGGGACAGAAUGUACAAUGCCAGCCAAUGGGGAGACAGUUACCAUAGCAACAUCUGCAGACAUUCCAGUAGAGGCCUCAGUCAAUUUACUCAAAAGAGAAAUGUCAUCAGGGGCAGGUGAGGGGCGGAGUCCAGACCCCAAGAAACCCAAACUGAUGCAUGCGGCCCUGGUGAUGCAGGGGGCUGAGAUGCAGUUGUUAGAUGCAGACCAGGCAAUGAAUGAGUUAGGACUGGAGGAACACCAGCUGAGGUUUACUUCUACUGUGGUGAUAGAAUACCCUGGGGAGGUGGAACAGACAGUAGACAGGAUAUAUCAAUAUGUGAAGGGCAAAUUAAAAGACUUCCCAGUCCAGAUGUCAGCAGACCAGUCCAUCACUGUGGCUGAUUCCGUCCUGAUUAAAGUCUCUGGUGAUGAUGACGAGGCAGAGAAAGGCGUUUUGGUCUCAUGGUCCUAUCAGGAUGAAGACAUAGGAAGCUACCUCCUAAAAUUACUAAAAAUGGGAAUUCCAAGCACAUGAAUGCCAGGGCAUUGUUUGGUAGUGACAGAAGAAUGACUUUGGACACCAGGUGGCAGAGAUAUUCAUGACAGGCUGGUUCCUUGUAGUGCAAAUAAAGUUGGUAAGCAGAGACACUGGUCAAGUAAAACCAGUCCCAGGAGUUUGUCAAGACGACAGAUGCAAAUAAACUGUUAGCAUUACAGAACCAACUUUUCAUUUGUUCCUGAUGAAUUAGGACAGUACUGUACAGAGACAUUUUCCAUGUAAAAGAUGAACACUACAGAGGAGCAGCAACCAUCAUGUGAGCCAUCUCCAUGGUAACCACCAUAACAACCAGCUCCAUGGUAACCUACAUGACAACCAGUGUGUGGGGAAGCAGAUCACAGUGGUCAGACUUCAAAUAAGCUUGUUGUGUGAGACGCCAACUACCCAGGAAUUUCAGUAAAUACAACAAGCUAAACUUCGUGACUUUGUAUUAGAAGUUUUGAAGAUCCCAAGUACCCUGAAGUGUCUGAAGUCUGUGCAGAUUUACAGUUUUUAUCAAAUAGGCACCAAGGAGGUGGGUUAUUCCCCCCUCCCCCUCCUUGAUGAAUGGCGUUGAAAUUUGUUUCAUUUAUUUCAGAAGGACUGUAUACAAAACAAAACGGCUGAUUACUGCAUUACUGGAAUAAGUCGAAUCUCUUGUUCUUUUUAUCUUGAAUGGAACAAGACAUGCUCACUGGUUUCUACUCUCAAACAGAAUGUGAAAUAAAAUGUGAAAGGCA